UAUUCGACUUUAGAAGACGAUUCAUAAUCCAAUGGAACUUCAGAAGCAAGGUAAAUCGAGAAGCAAGAUCUUAAAAUUCCUUCCCAAAGCUGCGUCUGGAGUUUACUUUCACGGCGCUUCAUACAGCCCUAAGCACAAAACUCACGGCAAUCGGGGAGGGUUCUCCGGCCCACUUAUUCCGGACGAAGCCCGGAGAAAGCCGAGGAACAUCGGAAGCAGUAGCUUCGGGAGCGUAGAUGAAGUAGAACCCACAUCACCGAAGGUUUCGUGCAUGGGACAAAUCAAGCAAAAGAAACAAGAACACCAACAAAUCAAGAAGACAAAACGCGCCGGUUUACCUCCGAGAGAUCAAUCAAAGCCAGCUUCGAAUUCAUUGUCACAUAAGGAAGCAAAGAAGCCCUCGUUUGCGUUUCGGAAAAUGUUUAGUAGUGUAAAUCGGAGACGAAAAUCCGACGCCGACGUCGAUCAUAUAACAAAGGCGGCGGGGCUUCCGGAUAGAGCACCGUCGUUGAGUCAGAUGCAGCGAUUUGCGAGCGGAAGAGGGCAUGUUUUUGCCAACUUUGAUUGGCAAGCGCAGCAGGCCAAGGUAGCGCCACGUCGCGAUGACGAUAAUAACAGGAUUUAUCAUUCGGAUGAAGAUGUAGAAAAUAGUGAUCAUGAAGAUCACGAGCGCGAGUAUGCCGGAAUUACUUUCUCGGCGCCGUUGACGAUAGGCGGUUCGCCAGGAGCUGAUGUGGAGUUGCAGCCAAAGAAAGAGAUAAAUCUGUGGAAGAGAAGAACGAUGGCUCCUCCGAGUCCUCUACAAUUGAAGCCCACGAUUAAAGUAAAUUGAUACAUAUAUCAUCAAUUCCUCGAUUUUUUUUUUCAGUACAGGAUUCUUCAUUUGGAACUUGGUUUUCUUUUUGUUAGUUUUAAGUCACAAAUUCAUUAGAUGUUCAGGAUGUUGAUUAAGCAACUGUAAUUGGUGAGCAGAUUGUUGGGUCAUAUCAUACAAUACGUACAAAAUAUAGAUUCUUCAUGAUUUUCAUUGCUCUCUAGGGUCUCUUCUGCUUUAUUUUAACUUGAAAUGAGGUUGAAUUUUGAUCCGCAGAUAAGUGAAUGCAGAUCCAACAAGAAGAUUAUCAAUAUUCGACAAACAAGUGGUACGUAGGUGACUACAGUAUUACAUGAAAGGAAAUUAAGUUGUACAUAUAUAUUUAGGUAGACUUAGUUUUCCAAUCACAUCAGAAAAAUAUGCUGUCAUCGUUUUGAAUUGAUGUAGUUGUAAGGUAUUAUUAUUAGG